AUGAAUUUUGGAAAUGUGACGAAAACACUUCAACAACUGAAAUUCCAAAACGAUGGCCUACUCCAAUCAGGAUUUGUAGAUUCCGCUGCAUUGAUAGAUUUUGUUCAGCUGAGCAGUCAUCAGUUGAAAAUGUUGAUUGUGAAAGAUAUAGCAAAUGUUAUAGCCACAGAUAACACAAUUGAGUGUUUCCAGGCCCCUGUGGUGUUUACUGAGCUUGUUGAUCAGUAUUGGCUAGAUUUUCAACGGCCAACUAUAAAAUACUUUGAGCUUCAGUUGAAAAGGUUAGCAAAUGACAAGAUCGUCAGGACUACAUUAGAUAGUAAUGGUAUUAGCAAGAAGUUUCGGGGUCGAAAAAGAGUGGUGGAGAUUAGAAAGCUCUAUAGCGUUUACCUCAAGUGUAAUAGAAUUUUUUGCCAGUUUCAUAUCCAACUGAUCACAGAACUGCUUUCAGCAUACAAUUUGGACGCAAUCGGUUCUAUUGACCAUAUUUGCAGGCUGUUGCGUAUUGAAAAUCCAAACGGAAGCUGCAAAAAUAUCAAAGGAUUGGCUGUAUGUUCGCAGCUGAUAUAUGUGAUUCACAGAUCCUUAUUAUACUUCGGGAACCUCUCAAGAUACCGCACCCUCUUAGCAACUAAUUAUUUACCCCCUGGUUCUUUAUCCCGUCAGGAUAAGAAGGAAUACAGAAAGUGCUUAGAAUGCUUGAAUCUUGCUAUUUUGCUUUUGCCCUCUCAAGGUGAUCCCCACAACCACAUCGGGCUGAUCGAGAGGUUAAGACGGAACGACUUUAAUAUAAUCUACAACUUUGCCCGAUCAACGAUGACUCGAAUUCACUCACCUAAUGGAUUUAUGAACCUGAUUCUGCAUUUAUCAAGCGAAAUGCUCCUUAAUACAGUUUCAAGGGCAAUUUUAGAACCUGAAAAAUGCCGCUCUACUGUAGAUAGUAAGUUGGUUAAAUGUAAUAAUUAUUUCAUAGCCAUUUUUGGAUUUCAUUUUCUUCCACAAAGGUGGAAUGACUCUCAAAAUAUGAAGUUUACUGAUGUUUCUUGGAAGAACAUUGAAAAUGACUACCGGAAAUCGAUAGCUACCUUGGAUAUUCAUCGACCAGCACACGUGAAGAUUUUGUGGAAACAAGCCAUCAUUUUGAUCAGUGGAUACACUAUUCUUUCUAAUGCCAAGUUCAACCAUGAGUGGAUAGACAGGUCAGAAAAUCUUCUAGAGGCCUACCUCCAGUUUGUGUUUCAUUUCAUUGAUGAAAUCUUAACGAUUUGCACGUCUGGUUAUUCGAUCAACACCGGAUUGUUGCCACUAGUCCGACUUUUCCUUUGCUGGGCGAACCAAGGUGGGCUACCGUUGAAUUAUUUACUCGCAAACUCUUCAACUUUUGACAACUUAGUUCACAUUUGUGAAGUUGCCUCUUUAUUGGUGAACAAGGACGAGCUUUGUAUAUCGAAACCACAGCGGCAGUAUUAUUUUUAUGAAGAUGUCGAUUUGAAAGAGUUUGUUCCCAUUGGAUGUCGCUUCAAAGAUUUCAAUGACUCUUGGAUAUUAGACAAAUCUCAGGAUAGUUAUAAGAAACUCAUUGGUGAGCGCCCAAAAGAAGCUCCCCAUAAUGACGUUGAAUCUGAUGAAGACGCCUUUCGAAUUAAAGCUAUCUCAUAUAUGGUUGACCAGCUUUUGAAAUCUAGAAGCAAACUUGAAAUAUGUUCAUGA